CUUGACAACAACACUGAGCUUCUCCUGUUGUUUCUCCUGCAUAAGCUUUUCGCUCCUGUAGACGAUGCGUCUCUACCAUUGCACACAGGUGUCUCAAAAAGUGGGCCAUCGAAACAAAAAAGGAAGUAGUAAGUACAACACUGGUCGUUUAUGUAUCUCAGAGAGACAUCACUGCUGGAUGGUCCAACAUCACCAGGUGAUGGAGAGUCACCAACAACAACAGCAGCAGCAGGAGCAUGACGACAGGCUUGACCUCAUCAGGCCCAGGAAGCUGCCAAAUCCAGUUCUGGCUUCACACCAACACAGAAACCUUCACCGAGAGCUUCUUUUCUGCCACAGGCGGGGUCUCCUGCCGAGAAGAAAACCAGAGCUGCAGUGUGUCCUGGAACACAAACAGAGGGAGCAGCACAAGCAGAGGGAGCUGGCUCUCCGUCCUCUCUCUGAUUUAGAGGCUAAGCUUCGCUCAAGGCGGCAGAGGAUACAAGUUUGUGAGAUAGAGGAGAAGAAAAGGAACGAGAGCUUACGGAACAUACCAGAGUUCAUCCAAGUGAGAGGCACCUUGAAGCACGUCCAAACGUCUUCAUCCUGACAACCAGAGCAGUUUCUUAUACUACGGCUAUGACAGAAAAUGUUUUUUUCAGAUUAGAUUAGUAAACAAAGUUGUUGUUUUUUUUAAAUGUUUAACACAAAUCACCAGUAAAUCAUCAGCUUCAGAUUCAUUCCCUGUUUGGAAGUAUUUUCAUUUAAGUUGACAGUUCAAAUGCAGUGUUCAGGGAGGACACAGGGCAAGAUGGUCUUAAAAUAUCUUCAUUUUCCUGUGACAUUUGCACAAAAAUGUGCCUGUGUCAAAAAUGGCCAGAUAAAGACCUGUAGCACAACUCCUUUUUUUGAAAGUGAUUAUUCAAGAGAUAAAUUACUUUCAAAAAAAGGUCUUAAAAACUCUUAAAAUGGAUUUGGAUUUACACUAACACUAAAAAGUAAACAGAGGGUACACAAGGUAAUGUCCUGAAAUAAAAUGUUUCCCACCUUGCACUAAAAGAAUGAGAAUAUAAGAGACAAUUUAACAAAUAUUUUUUUAAUAAAACAUCCAGGGAGACCGAGCAUAUAAAUAAAACACUGAAACAUAAAUUGGAUUGAACCAGGAUUUGCAACAGUGAGGAAACAACAGUCACAGGAAACAAACUUGUGUGAUUCCUCAGCUGUCUGCUGCUCUUUACUGUCUCGUCUCGUGCACUCAGAGCUGCUGCACACAUUUUUAGGAGUGCCAGCUGGUCGGUGGUUUCUCAGGCACUAUAACACACAUACUCCUUAAAGCACAAAAUGGAGGGGGUAAGAGCUUAGUUAUGGGGACAAGUGGUAAAAUGGGAUUGAACCUAAAAUGCCCCUUCCAAGAUUUAAACAAAAAUGGAGGCCUACCAUGUUUCCAGAAAUCUCACGAGUGGUGUGGACAACAGUAAACAUACAUACAUGUAUUAACGUGGAUCUGUGCUGUAAACAAAGGUUGACAAAUAAACUAAA